GCCCAGGUCCAACAUGGCGGCCCCCAUGGCUCGCUGGCUUCUGUAUUUCCUUGCGUUGCUCAGCUUCAUCUGGGAAGCGUCCGGCGGCUUCGGUUGGGGGCCCUCCCUAGACGACGACUUGCUGCUGCCCUACCCCCGCCUGCGCGCGCGCCCCGCCCGGGACUGCGCACGGGUGCGCGUCGGCAGCCGCGAGCACGAGAGCUGGCCGCCUUCCCCCGCGACCCCCGGCGCCAGCGGCGCGGCGGUGCGCACCUUCGUCUCGCACUUCGCGGGCCGCGCGGUGGCCGGCCACCUGACACGCGCCGCCGAGCCCCUGCGCACCUUCGCCGUGUUGGAACCCGGCGGGCCCGGUGGCUGCGCAUCGAGGCGCCGCGCCACCGUGGAGGAGACGGCGCGGCCGGCCGGUUGCAGCGUCGCCCAGAACGGCGGCUUCUUCCGCAUGGGCACCGGCGAGUGCCUGGGGAACGUCGUGAGCGACGGGCGGCUGGUGAGCAGCGCCGGGGGGCUGCAGAACGCGCAGUUCGGGAUCCGCCGCGACGGGACCAUGGUCACCGGGUACCUGUCUGAAGAGGAGGUGCUGGACACUGAGAAUCCAUUUGUGCAGCUGCUGAGCGGGGUCGUGUGGCUUAUUCGCAAUGGAAGUGUCUACAUCAACGAGAGCCAGGCAGCCGAGUGUGAUGAGACACAGGAGACAGGUCCCUUCAGCAAGUUUGUGAACGUGAUAUCGGCCAGGACAGCUGUAGGCCAUGACCGGAAGGGGCAGGUGGUGCUCUUCCAUGCAGACGGGCAGACGGAGCAGCGGGGCAUCAACCUGUGGGAGAUGGCAGAGUUCCUGCUGAAACAGGACGUGGUCAAUGCCAUCAACCUGGACGGAGGGGGCUCUGCCACCUUUGUGCUCAAUGGGACCUUGGGCAGUUAUCCAUCAGAUCACUGCCAGGACAACAUGUGGCGCUGUCCCCGAAGUGUGUCCACUGUGGUGUGUGUGCAUGAGCCCCGCUGCCAGCCUCCUGACUGCAGUGGCCAUGGGACCUGCGUAGAGGGGCGCUGCCAGUGCACGGGGCUCUUCUGGCGGGGCGCUGCCUGCGACAAGCUGGACUGUGGCCCCUCCAACUGCAGCCAGCAUGGGCUCUGCACAGAGACCGGCUGCCGCUGCGAAGCUGGAUGGACAGGGUCCAACUGCAGUGAAGCUUGCACCAAUGGCUCUUUUGGGGAGGACUGUGCCAAGAAGUGCCAGUGUCAGAAUGGAGCUGCCUGUGACCCAGCUCAGGGGACCUGCACCUGUCCCCUUGGCUUCACUGGAGACACCUGUGCACAGGAGUGUCCCCUCGGCUGGCAUGGGCCAGGCUGCCAGAGGCCUUGCAAAUGUGAGCACCAGUGUCCCUGCGACCCCCAGACUGGCAACUGCAACCUCACCCAGGUGCCCACCCUGAACAACAUCCUCUCCCGAGUGAAGCAGUGCCUCCAGCCAUCCGAGGUCACCCUGCAGACAGGAGAAGUCUCCCUUCUCACCGGAGAGGUAGUGGCCCCAGCUGCCACCCUCACUAAGCAACGACUUCUCAAAGCUGAGAAUCGACAACUCCCGUCUGGCCCUCUCCAGUUCAUCGCAGCCCCAGCAAUCCACUCCCCUCCCGUGACCUGCCAGUCCUGGUCACCUGGGGGAUUCUAUUGGUCUGGGCUGGGAUCAGUGAUUUCAGCGGGGCUCACUCGGGUGCCUGCCAUCAGCUACUGCGCCAGCUGGGGACCUGUCUGGGACGGCCACGACUGAGGAUGUACCUGUUUCACACCGUGUCUCGUCCUCCAGGGGGCUGGCUCAGGCGUGGGAUCAAGGUGGAGACAGGGAUCCCCCAAGAGAAGCCGUCAAGGCCUUUUGAAACUUUGGCUCAGAACUGGCAUAACCUUGUUUCCACCACAUUGUGUCAGAUCAAGUCCUUAGCCUGCUUGUUUCAAGGAGGAAGGAAGGAGACAGACUCCACUCCUUGAUGAGAGGAGCUAUUAAGGGACGUGAACACAGGAGGCUAAGUGAACCCAUCACUGCAAUCGAGCUGCUACUAUAAAACAAGUCUAGUCUUACUUUAGAAAGGAAAAAUUCGGCUCAGAGAAGUGAAAUAUCGCAGGCCAGUUCCCGGCCUACAAGUUCCUGCAAGGAUGUGUCUGGGUCUGCGUGUCUUUCUGUCUGUCCCCCAAAAUGGGGAUAGACAAGCGGGGAGCCACUGUGCCAGCCGGUGAUGUUCUCUGCUGGGGUCUACAUUUCAGUCCUCCAGCUGGUGCCCCAGGCCCAUGUCUGCCAGUGUCCCUGGGCACGUCUGCUCAGGCACCUGGUGAACCAGUAGGCCACAGGCCACGAUACCCUCUGCCCGCCGAGCCACUAAAGGUUCCACCCCUCCCUCAGCCCGUCCCCUGGUUUAUGACCCAGGUUGGAGGGAGGAGAGGGGUGGCAGUGGGGCAUUCUCAGCAUGUCCGGGAACUUAAGGACGGCCACUUGUUCAAGGAACCAGGCGAAUGCUACAAGUGUUAUUUCCUCCUUCUGGAAAUGUAAGCAGCCAAGUUCAUGUGCUCCUCCAGGGAGCUUAUGUUUCAGCUCCACCUGGAAGGCUCAAUUUGUAUUUUGUUUUCUUUGAAUGCACCAAGCAGCCCCGGGUUGCUUUGAUGUUUUGCUCCCAGUGUUCAAGGGCAGGACAUAGUGACAGACCUUAGACAAGCUGCCAAGCACCUUAGCAUCACUUUGGCAUGUUCCCAAGCCUGGCUGCAGGUCAGAACGUAUUCCUCAGGAAUGUUCUAUGAUUGCAAACUUCCGGACCCCAUCCCAGAACCACUGAAUCGGAACCUCGGGGUCAGAGGGGUCCAGGAACUAACAGGGAGCU